GAAAUGUCGCGCGCAGUUACUUCCGGUAGCUGGUAAACGCCGAUACUUCCCAGGACGCGGAGGAAGCGGGCUAGGGUCAAAGCGACUUUGGCUACUUGCAUUGCUCGGCGUAGCUCUGGGCUUCCAGACCUUAGAAAGUCACACAUCCGCGCGCCUGUGGCCCCAGCUUCUGCGGAUGCUGAGUGUGGACAUGUAAAAUAAUUUGAAAAAGGGAAUUUCGCGGCAGUCUUGGCCUGGCUUGCUGGUGUAGCCAGCAAGCUCGGAGGUGCUAACCGCUGCUGUCAUGGUUCGUUUGCUAAACUGCAUCGUCGCUGUGUCCCAAAACAUGGGCAUCGGCAAGAAUGGGGAACUGCCCUGGCCGUUGAUCAGGAAUGAAUUCAGGUAUUUCCAGAGAACCACCACACCUUCUUCAGUAGAAGGUAAACAGAAUCUGGUGAUUAUGGGUAGGAAGACCUGGUUCUCCAUUCCUGAGAAGAAUCGACCUUUAAAGGAUAGAAUUAAUUUAGUUCUCAGCAGAGAACUCAAGGAACCUCCUCAAGGAGCUCAUUUUCUUGCCAGAAGUCUGGAUGAUGCCUUAAAACUUACUGAACAACCAGAAUUAGCAAAUAAAGUAGACAUGAUUUGGAUAGUUGGUGGCAGUUCUGUUUAUAAGGAAGCCAUGAAUCACCCAGGCCAUCUUAAACUAUUUGUGACAAGGAUCAUGCAGGACUUUGAAAGUGACACUUUUUUUUCAGAAUUGGAGAAAUGUAAACUUCUGCCAGAAUACCCAGGUGUUCUCUCUGAUGUCCAGGAGGAGAAAGGCAUUAAGUGCAAAUUUGAAGUAUAUGAGAAGACUGAUUAAUAUGAAGGUGUUUUCUGGUUUAAGUUGUUCCCCCUCCCUCUGAAAAAAGUAUGCAUUUUUACAUUAGAAAAGAGACUUGUUGACUUCAGAUCUAUGGAUAAUUAUUUCUAAGCAACGUGCUUAUUCCCCACUAAUCUUGACUAUAUCAGAUACCAUUUAUGAAACAUUCUUGCUAUAACUAAGUGUCUCUCCAAGACCCCGACUGAGUCCCCAGCACCUGCUACAGUGAGCUGCCAUUCCACACCCAUCACAUGUGGCACUUGCCAGUCCUUGAUACUGUCGGACUUUUCUAAUGUUGGUAGUAUUUAUUAAAGAUGAAGAUGCACAUACCCUUCAACUGAGCAGUUUCACUGGUGGGAAAUACCAAAAAGCUUCCUACAUGUAUAUCCAGAGGUUUGUAGACAAAUGUUGCAGCCUUGUUUGUAACAGUGAAAAACCGAAAACAACCUGAAGUCCAGUGAUGGGAAAAUGAAUAUAUUUCUGUCUUAGAUUGGGGAACCCAAAGCAGAUUCAAAGACUGAAAUUUCAGUGAAAGCAGUUUAUUUGCUAGGUCAUACCAGAAGUCAUCAAAGUAUGGAGGAAUGGAACUGGGAAGGUAAAAAUCAGUUCAAAGUCAGUGAGGUUCUCAUUGGUAACAAGCUCCAUACUGCUGAGAUACAGGGAAACGGAGGGGAGAAAGCUGGAGUAUUUAAUCCCCCCGCUCCUUGGUUGUCAGCUCCCUGUCCUGUGUGUGGGCAGAACGUACGCCAGCUACUCUAUAGGGAGUCCCAGGUGUUUGCUGUAAGAAGCUGCUGGAAUGUACAGGAACAGUGAAUGCCAAGCACUUAAAGCAAUUCCAUGUUUAAGUAUGUAAGCUCUUCGUACUUUUUUUUUUUUUCUUUUUAAGACAGAAUUUCACUCUUGUUGCCCAGGCGGAAACCCUGGCUAAUGACAACUUCCGCCUUCCCAGGUUCAAGCGAUUCUCCUGCCUCAGGCUCUUGGGUGGCUGGGACUACAGGCGCGUGCCACCAUGCCAGACUAAUUUUGUAUUUUUGGUGGGGACAUUUCAUGUUGGUCAGACUGGUCUUGAACUCGACUUCAGGUGAUCCUCCUGCCUCGGCCUCCGGGGUGCUGGGAUUACAGGCGUCAGCCACUGCACUUGGCAGAUCUUCAUUCUUUUAGUAAAAUGUAUAAAGCCACACAUGGUUUAUUUGAAAUAUUUUAUAAUUUAAAAAAGUACAGAAGCAGGAAAACCAAUUCUAAGUUCGAGUGAGGGAUGAUGGUAAUUUGAACCAAAGGAUUGCAUGUAGUAAGAAAUUGUGAUUUAAAAUGUAUUUUAAAGUUGGAAGUAGCAGGAUAUUCUGAUGGAGUUUGACUUUGGUUUUGGGCCCACUGAGUUUGAGAUGCCUUUGGGAAAUAAAAGAAGUAGAGAAUUAAAAACCGGCCAGGCAUGGUGGCUCAUGCCUGUGGUCCCAGCACUUUAGGGGGGCUAAGGCGAGUGGAAUACUUGAGAUCAGCUUGAGCAACAUGGUGGAGGCUCAUCUCUACAAAAGAUAACAAAAAUUGGCUGGGCAUUGUGGCGCACGACUGUAGUCCGACUGUAGUCCCGUGUACUCAGAGGGCUGAGAUGGAGGGAUCAAUUGAGCCGGCGAGUUCAAGGCUGCAGUGAGUCGUGAUUAUGCCACUGCACUCCAGCCUGGGUGACAGAAGAGACCCUGUCUCAAAAAAGAAUCUGAAAACAAUGGAACCAUGCCUUCAGAAUUCUAGAAAGUUAUUUUCAACUGAUAAAUCUAUAUUCAGCCAAAUAAUCAAGAGUGAAGGUAAAAUAAUACAUGUUUAGACAAGCAAAGACUCAGGGGUUACAUGUACCCUUUCUUGGGAAGCUAUUGGAGAAAAUACUCCAGCAAAAUUAAGGAGUACACAAACCAGAGAAUGACAUGGAUCCAGCAAAUAGGAUUUAACACAGACAAUAUUCCAGCUAUGGAGCUAGCUUUAAAAAGAAACAGUAAAAAUAUUAAUAGGUUAGCUGGGUGGAAUGGCCCAUGCCUGUAGUCCCAGCUACUCAGGAGGCUAAGCAAAAGGAUGGCUUGAACCCAAGCGUUCCAGACCAGCCUGGCCACCACAGUGAGAUCCCUUCUCUUAAAAAUAAUAGGUUAUUGCCAGAUUGGGGCAUUUGGAAAGAAAUGCAUUGAAGAUAAAGCAAAAGUAAAAAAAAAAAAAAAAAAAAAAAAGGCGGGGGGGAAGGUUGGUUAGGCAAUCAUUAAUUCUAGGGCAGGAAGAAGUACAGGAUAGGAAGAGCAUCAUACGCUGUUUUUCUCAACAAUGAGCAAUAUGUACAUAGUCAAAAUGAUGUGGUGACUGCUUAGCCCCUAAAUCUGGUAAUUACUUUGGGACAAUAUGAGAGGAAAAGUGAAGAUAGUGAUGGUGUAAGAGCUAAAUCCUCAUCUGUCAUAUCAAGAAAUCACUAAUGUAUAACAUAAUCAAGAAAUGACUAAGUAGUUACAUGAAGAAAAAAUAGAACGUUGCUUGAAGAGUUAGAAGUCAUUGCUCUGGAGAAUUAGGAGGGAUGGGGCAGGGGACUGUUAGGAUGCAUUAUAAACUGAAGAGGCUUUUUAAAAUUAUAUGUAUGAAUAUAUGCAUUCACUUGAAAAACUAAAAAAAAAAAUAAUUUUUUAAAACCCAUGAAGGUAACUACCAGAAGGAAAAACUAAGAGAAUGAAAAGUGCUUGCCUCUGGAAAGAACAAGUGGCAGGACUGGUGUUUUCACUGUAAGACUUUUGGUGCCAUUUGAUUUUACUUAACCAUUUUUCAUAUAUUUCUUUAAUAAAAAUAAUUCUAUCUUAAAAGGUAUACUCAUUCAUUAAAAAAAGAAUUUUAAGAAUGUAGUAAGAAUCAUAUACUUUAUUUCUGUUAGAGCAAGGCAAUGUGUUACACUUGGAAAAAGGUCAUAUUAAUUUUACCACAUAUUUUUGGGACUCAGCAUCUUUAUAUUUUCUGAUUUUAAAUAAGCAAUUUUGCUUAUGAAUUUUGUCUGAAUCUCUAAUAAUCUCCUUAUAAUGCCUAAUUAUGCCCUUAGUUUGGGUAGGUUUUUCAAAACUUACCAGUUAUUUCAUUUUAGAUUACCACUCAUGUUCACUUAUCUAUAGGUGUCUUAGUAUCAUCUUAUUUAUAUUUGAGAUAACCAUGUCAGAUGUUAAAAUACUUUCCCCAUUUUUCUUAUAACCAUUUGACUUUAAGUGUGAAGGUAUUUAAAAUUUUUUGUGUGUCCACUGUAAAUUGAGUUUAUUGAUUCCACUGCUUUCAGGCUUAUACAUUUUUUCCCAGAGUGAAGCCACUUGUUUCUCCCCUUACCUCUUCAUAGUUUGAUCUUUCAUGUUUAACCUCUUAAUCUGUCUAGAAUCAAUAGAUGUGUAUCAUGAGAAUGUUAAUGGAUUUUACUCCCCACCCCCACCCCAAAUAGCUACUAAAGAACAAACAAUUCUACAUUGAGUUUUAGGAAUAAAAACUGUUAGCAGCAAACUUACAUUAAACCACUGCAGACGUAAGACAUUGAGCUGACACAAAUACCAUAAGUCACAUUAGUUUGUUUUUUUGUGCUUUUCUUAAUGUUAGUGUUAAAGAACCAAGAGCAGCUUAGUAAGGACGUACCUCUAGGCAGGAAACAAAUUUUUACAUACCUAAGCAAUUUUACUGUAAGGUCAGUUGAUCUAAGAAGUAUUUCAGAGUAAUUUAUGGAAUAACUCCUAAACUAGCUAUGUUUUAUGAAUUUCCAUAUUUAUAUAAAAUGUGUGUCAAAACCCUUCAUGUUCAUAUAGAGGUUUAUGUCGUCAAAAAGGACAGGCUUUGUAGUAAUACAAUAUGACAUCAAGAGAGCCCUCAGCUCCUUAAAAUAUAUGGCAGAAAAACACAACAGGAAACCUGUGAUCAAUGCUAGAGAACACAGCAUUGUUACAGGCAAUCUUAGGCUUAAAGAUCAGGUGAGAUUCUCAUUUUACUAAAAUUCUGGGUUCCAAUGUGGUCUGUACAAACUCCAGCAGACAAUCCACGGUGUCUAGGAAGUAAAUAUAAUGACUUUUAUUUUUAUUAAGCUUUAUGUAGUCUUUUAAAAUAUCUUUUUUUAGGGAAGUGUAUUUAAAAUGUACGUAAUGCAGUAGAACAAGCAUGUUAACUGUUAUGGGCUGAAAUUUGUCCCCCCAAAAUUCAUGUUGAUGCCUUAACCCCUUAACCUCAGAAUGUGACUAUAUUUGGAGAAGGGCCUUUAAAAAGUUAAGUUAAAAGAAGAAAAUCGAAUACCAAACACACAGAGACACCGGGGGUGGGUGGGCAGUGGAGAAAAAAGGCCAUGUGGGGACACAAGACAGUGUCUAUCUCUCAGGCAAGGAGGGGGCCUCAGGAGAAAGCAAACCCACCAACUUGCUCUCAGACUACCAGGCCCCAGAACUGAGAAAAUAAAUUUACGUUGUUUAAGCAA